AUUUUACACUUCGGUUAAUCGAUGUGCCUCAAAGAGGAAGUUCGCAUUUGGACGGCUACAAAACCUGCGGUGUUGCUGCUGCCUCCCUUCCCUUUCUAUCCUCUUCCUUAACCUGUCUAGACUUGCCUUUGUUCUUCUCUCCGCUCACUCCGCAUUAAUCCUCCUUGUUCGCUUGUCCACUUGUCCACCUGUCCACUUCAUACACUACUACCGGCUCGUUCCUGUUCUGUCUGUCUCCCUUUAGUCCAUCCUUCCUUUUUCCCGACAGGGGAAAAAAGCCUAGCUUAAAGAAAGAUGGAGCACAUGAACGAUGUCAACCCAAAUGCCCACCCGGUCUCUGCUUCACAUCUCUCCAAUCCCCUCAUCAUCAUCCAUGUCACUUGUAUGAUCACCGCCUACGGCAUCCUUAUGCCCAUCGGAAUUAUGCUCGGUAUCCGGAGAAGCAAGUACCAUGUGCCUUGGAACACUGCCACGUUCCUCAUAGCCAUGGCCGGCUACUUCUUUGGAUACGGACACCACAUAUUCGAAGACGCCCAUGAUCAUGAUGACGGCGACAAUAACGGGGACGGUGACCACCACGAUCCUGGUGCAGGCAUGGGUGGCAUGCCUGGCAUGCGGAAGCGACAGGCUGGAGAUACCUCAGCAGAGCACUAUGGAUGGGCCUGGAAGACUUCUGCCCACGGUGCAAUGGCCAACCUGCUGUUACUUUUACUAUUUGUCCAGGUCGGCAUGGGUGUCUAUCGCAAGCUGACAAAGGCCAGGCCAAGGCUGCGCUUGGCAUGGCUGUCAGGCUCGUUGCCAAAGAACAUCCACUCGUAUCUGGGUAAAGCCCACCUGGCCUUGGCAUACAUUCAGAUAGUCCUUGGAUUCAUUCGCCUCGUCGAAGCCUGCCCUGGACAGGCCUUUGGACAGUGCAUUUCACAUAUUGUCAUGGGUGGCUCGUUCUGGUGGUACGGUGGCAUCUACAUUGCCUAUCUCGUGGGCUCCUUCCCAGGCGUCUCUCGUCCGGAAUGGUACGAGUCCGUGGUCAUGACCGUCUGGGGAAUUAUCAACUUUUCGAUUCUUCAUCAAUGGGGCACUCGCUGGUCGCAUGCUGAUUUGCAACACACAUCAAUGGGAUUGCUCUGGGUGGGCGGCGGAAUGCUGUCUCUGGUACUCGAGUCCAAGUUCAAUCCCUUGGCUCAGUUCAUUAUUCGCAAGAACCCUAUUCCUUCGCUUUUAAUCAUUUUAACUGGAUACGGUAUGGGUCAGCACGCACAGUACUACAUGUUUGCGACCGUGGUGCACACCUUUUUUGGAUACUGCUUGAUUUUGGGCGGUGUCUGCCGAUUGAUCCAGCUGGCACUUCGUCCUCCAGUCUCACCUAUGGAGUCGUCUGGUAUCAGGAACAGCGUUGACGAUGAGGACGAUAUUACGUUAGAAGAUGAUGAUCUUCAGGACAAGUCCAGAACGCGUCAUCUUGGACCUGACCACAGCGACAACUUGCCUGGUCUUGCGAAUGGAGAGACACCCGUAUCGGCAUUCUUUGGUUUCUUGUCUGCGCUGGGCGUGAUCUCUGCGGGGUUGCUUUUCCAGGUUGCGCACGAGGAGCAGCUGAACAUGGUCAUGUACUACCUCUCGGAUCCGAGUACCUACAUCAAUUGGGUCAUGGCGUUUGCGUUCUUCUGUGUGACUUACAUGCUCGUAUUGACGCAGGUGGGCAAGAAAAGGAUUGGUGCAGCAAACGGCAGUGCGGGAAAAACCUAUAAUCGCGUUCGGACUAGGGUCGAUUCUGAGGAUCGUAAUCGAGCAUUGAGCCGGGAAGAUAUUGAGAUGAGCGGUUUCAUGGACUCUCGCGAGUAGUUUGGCCUAUGCCUUACGUGUAGUAUUCCCUUCAAAGAAUCCAUGAUUAGUCGCUAAUGUUCAUUGCAUAGCCAAUUGGAGGCCGCGUGCUUCCUAUAGUCUCUCUCCUACUAAAGAACAAAAAACCAUCGCGAUGGCACGCCAUAUAAAAUUACUAACGCAACAAUUACUCCGCAAUUGCGCCUCUUGCGUGAUCGCGGAUAUGUCUAUUGAAUGGUGGAUAUCCGUGUUUAGGUAUUAGUCACCAGUCUAUGAUACAAUCGUUCUCUUGCAAACGGCCACUUUGAAGUCUCAUUUCCAUUGUCAGCUGUAGGCCACUGGAAUAGAAAAGUAGAAAACACAUAUAAUCAGAACGCGAAGCACAGCAAAACACAUUGCUCUUGAGACGCGUGGAGACGCCACAGGCUAGAUAGUGUACUGAAUAUUCGCAUCCCUCAACCAGGUAUAGUCCAGGUGCCUAGCUACAGACAACAGGCUCCUUAGAGCCU